GUCCGUCUCUGAGAGACUAUGUUGGUUCUUUGUGGUUAACAAAAUUUUCGGAAAAUAAUAUUGGAUUUUAUGUAAAAUAUACAUAAUAGCCGUGAUGACAGUUAGUUUGGUAGCGAUGCUUAUAACGCGUUGAUGCACAAUCGAUCGUUUUGGCCGUUCGUUGUGCGUUCGGUGUGUGUGGAAAAUGUAAAAAUGUACGAACAAUCGCAUACAGUUCACAAAAAUUCGUCGUCGUCGUCGUCGUAUUUGUAUUUGUCGUUGUCGUAUUUUGUAUGAAAAGGAACUGAAGUGUAAUCCACUGGAAGCUUUACGUAGCAAAAGAAAUGGACACAUCAAAUGCCAGCGCUAAAUCAAAGACGUCUGCGUCGGGCAGCAGUAGUAUUAAUGGAAUAGGAUCCCAAAUCAAGCAUAUAUCAUCGUCGCAGGACAUCGGAUCCUCCGUUCCCGCUGUCCCAGUCCAGGAUGAGAAGAGCGAGUCGCACUCCCACUCACAUUCACACUCCAGCUCCAGCUCACAGUCGUCCCAGUCGCAAUCGCAGUCACAGCCACAGUCCACAGUGCUCACGGUAGUGGGCCAGAGUAUAUCAAAGAGUUCGACCGGCGCCCUGGCGGUACUGCAUCUUCCUCCGCCGACGGCGACCGCCUUAGUUCAAGCAAGUGCCAAUAUAGCCGAUCUGGGCUCCAUGCCUCGUGCUCGGCCAUCGUUUGUAUCGAACACCUCCUCGACGGCGGCGACGACGACGACGGCGACGUCGGCAUCGGAUGGCGGCAAAACCAUGGCCGUGGCAGCGAUUCCCCCGGCAUCACCUGUCUCCAUAUCGGAGCCCACCUGUCCAUCUGUUUCGACGGUAUCGAUGGCUCCCAGUGCCUGUGACUUUGACUCCGACACGGAACUCUCGAUUGUGGCAGCUGCAGCGGCCGUCUCCGCCUCAGCCGGCAUAGAUUCGCGAUCCCCGACGUCUCCUCCGACGGCGGCGGGAUCCACAAUAAUGCCACAGCUGAAUUCCAGUGCGGGAGGCACUGCUAGCAUAGCCGGUAAUCAGUCCGGCUUCGGAGCGGGAUCAGGAGCGGUGGCUGCUGGGAAUACCAAUGGCCACAGCACCACCUCCAGUAGCAGUACUCAUCUGAGUCUGAAUGCCAAGCAACAGCGCCAGCAGAAACGCCGGAGGGAACGUGCCCAGCGUUUGCAAGCGGAACGCGACAGUCGAUGCAAUGCCAACUCGCUGAGUGGCACCUUCAUAGCCGGAUCCUCUGUGGGGGUCGGCAGUGCCAUGAGUGCGGCCAACGGUGGCCAGGGAGGUGGAGUUGGCCUCGUCACGCCUAAUAGUAGCGUCGGUGGCGGAUCCUCGGCUGUUGCAAUGGGCAACGGAUCGGCGGCAGGACCCGGCAACAAUGGGAUGAUCUAUCACAUCAACAGCGCUGGCAGCAUGGGCGAGGAUAGCAACAAUUCAAAUGGAAAUUUCACCAGCAGCAGCAAUGGCAGCAACAAUCUGCUGCCGCCCACAGAUAGUAUUGCAUCGUUACUCCUAAAUCCACCACAUUCCCCCGAGUGCAACUCGGGAUUGAUGGCCACGCCUAGCGAUAGCGAGGGUGAGUCGCUGGACGAGGAUCUGCUCUCGACCUCGUCCUCGUCCACACUGCUCUUGCCGCGCGACAAGCCACCGCCUCGACCACCACCUCCGGUUCGAAGAAAGCUGCCACGAUCUCCGGUGCUCGAGGAGGAAAUCAUCGAUGGAUUCGCUAUACUGGAGUUUAAGACAUACGAGGAUCUUGAGUUUGCCAUCAAAUUGGGACAGAAGCGGAAGGAGAAGCGUCUAUCCGCACUGGACGAGCUAACUUGUACCUACAGUAUAGAGGAAAUGAAAAUCCCAAAGGUUAUAGAUACUGGUCAAUCGCAACCGUUGCGUGUCACCAGCCUGUCCACUUUGACUGUUAACAAUAACAAUCUGAAGGAGAACCCGCAGCCAAGCCUUCAUCGUGAUCGUGGCGGCAAUGUCAUUAGCAACAAUAAUAACAAUAACAGCAGCAACAACAACAACAGCAUGAUCAACAGCAAUGGCCCCAACGCGAACAGCAAUAGCAGCAGUUUAUCCAACGUGGUCUACCUGCUGCCAUCUGUGAACAUGGUGGGCAAUGUUCUGGAGACGGAAGCCGAGCCCAGGGAUCAUUGGCGAUCCGAAUAUGGGCAGCAGCAAGACCAAUUGCAAUCGGACAAUAGCGCAAACAGUAAAAGUAAUAAUAACAUUAGUGAUGAUAAUCAAAUUAACAAUAGUAGCCACCAAAUAAACCACACAACCAACAACCAAUCGAGCAAGCAACAACAGGCGGCGGACGGUGGUUGCAAUGCGGCAAAAAUGCAAGUGAACAACAGUGCUACUGUUAGUACUCGAUUUUUGGAGAACGACAACGAUUCACUGAUGUUGGAUAUCAGCCUGCCAUCGCUGGGCGUUGGUGGCGCCGUAUCGCAUAGUCAUGACCACAUUGACGUUGGUGUGAUUCACGCCAGUUGUACUGGCAGCAGCAGCGACACCAAAAAAUCUCACAAUUCCCCCGCCACGAGUAACACUAUUGACCAAUUGCACGUAACAAAACCGCUGCCCACGCACCAGCUCAAUAAUCUAAUAUCAAGUGAUCUUAAUGCCGCCGCAAAUGCAAACGCAAACAGUAAUCACCUGGGUGUCUGCAAACUGGGCUCGCAAUCAGCACAGGUCGCAAAGAAGUCGAUGGGUUUGGAGAACAUUGAAACCGUGACGAAUUCAGCGACCUGCCGCUCCCUGGAUAUUCAGGAGCUGGCCAAUGUUUCGGCGCAAUCCUUUGGGGCCAGUAGCAGCAGCAGCAGCAGCAGCAUUAGCAUAAAGAAGGAAAACGAGCAAAGUGAUCUUUUGAACGAUGCUUCAACCAAUUGUAGCAGCAACAGCAAAGGAAAUAAUAUCUGUGAUAAUGUCAGCAAUGAUAAAAAGAAUUCUGAACAAAUAUUUGAUAUUGACAACCCCCCAACGCCCAUGAACAUUUCAAAUACUUCUUCGUGUUCGGAUCGAUCGUCUUCUCGCAAGUUUUCCGAACUUCCACACCUCAAGAAAAAGAGUGCGGCGUGUGGAGAUAGGGAUAAUGGCCCAUAUGCCGGAGUACCUUUUGCGGCAGCGAUGGGCACAGUAUCUCCGGACAGCGAUCCAAGUAAAGCUUUAAACAUUAAGAACGCAUCGGAGAGCGCAUCGGGCAAGGCGGUCCAUGCCCAUGCUGGUGCUCCGAUUCCACCACCACCUGCGGCCAGCGUGGGCGAUCCUGGGAACAGAGAGCUGGGUGUGCUGCAGAAAACCUCACCCGACAAGCCACUCUAUCCCAACUUGUGUGCUCCGCCAUCGGUUUCGUCAGUGCAAUUCCCCAACGUUGGUAUAUCAGCUGGAAAUGAAAAAAUUGCAUCAACAGUUGCAUCUGACAUCGAUCAAAAGAUUAUUUUCAACAGCAAGGCAACUGCUUCAGUUUCGAACGGCUUGUCGUCGGGGGUGCAACGGUCAAUUGUUCCAUUACUAUCUGCGGCGCCAUCGCCGGCUGCGGUUACUCUAAGCAGUCCGUUUAGCGCACACAUCGCAGCUGCACCGAAUGCUGCCGGAUUAUCAAUACUAAGUUCGGCAUCGAGUGUGAUUCUAGCCAACAGCAGUAUAAAAAACACCAACAAUGGCAGCAACAAUGGCAGCGCCAAUGGCCAGGGACAACUGUCUUCGGUGGGAUUGUCGAGCACUUCAGAAAUUGCGAAAAGUAAUUCGGUACCAACGACGUCCUCACCCCCCAAUCCCAUGGUCAAUGGCUUCCUUAGUGUUUAUCCGCCGCCUGCUGCUACCAUUGCAACGUCAUCCGUAACUACAAGUGCGUUGUCACGCGUCUCGCCCAACGCAGCCAAUAAAUUAGUGCCACCGGUCUCCGCCACAACAUCCAUCUCGAUAAACACAAACUAUGUUGGUAUUUCUGGUGGAACGACGACAACUUCCGGCAUGGGAAAGGUGGUCUUCGGCGCUGGCGGCAAUGCCAUUGUGGGCACAGGGUCUCCACUGCUUUUUCCUGGCGCACCGCCCGCUCCCAUUUCUCAUGUGGCCACUGGCGUGCCGAUGAUCAUCCAGGCGCCGCCAUACCGAGCACCGUACACGAAUUACCCUCUCUACACUCCAUAUAGCGGCCUUACGCACGGGUCAUACCUGCCUCCAGUAUUGCCGGUUGCCACGCCCAACUUGUCCAACUUACCGCCCACACAACACCGGAGCUCGGAUAGUCGCAACAGUCGAGAGUCGCCAGCAUCCUUGAAGUCAACGCCAUCGAAUAUUGGAUUAAAUGUAUCCAUGGCGCCGACCCUGCGAUCCAUCACGCCACUUAAUAAUAGCAGUGCAAUUUCUAGCGGCGCAUCGCAGCCCGUUGUGUCGGUGGUGCCUUCGGCGAACUCGACUGCCCUUUCCAUGAGCAAUCCACAUAUAUCUCAUUCCCAUCAUGUGCCUGCCUACGCUUCAGGUGCAUUCUCAUCCUCUGCGGCCGCUGGGACGAGCACCCCGAAUUCAGGACUCUCUACACUGGCGGUUACCUCACUAUCAACGUCGGCUGCUCCCCAACCGCACUCGCACUUCCCCCAGUCAACGCAGAUGCUGCCGCAGAGCGGUAACUUUUCGUCAGUGUCCCAUUUGCUGACCACGCACCCAAUGUCAUCGCAGAAUCAGCCAAUGGUUCGCUGCGGAAGUACACUAUACUCACAAUCGUCUGCGGCUGCAACUGCGCCGCCAUCAGCUGCUGCUGCUGUCUCCAACUUCACGCCCUCGGUUCUCGCUGUGCAAAGUUUGACGACAGCGGUCACGUCGAGCUCGUCAUCUCCAUCAACUUUAUCAUCAUCUGUGAUCCAGAAGGUUAUUUCCCCCAAAGGAGAGAGUCCUUGCAAUAAAGAUCGGGAUUCCAGCUACAGUACAAAUAUCAGAUCCCAUGGUGCGUCAACAAUGCUGCCUGGCGCAUCCCAAGGCAUUGGCCUGGGAUCGUCGUUUUGUGGUAUCGCCCCAAGUCAAUAUGGUGGUACAGGUACCCCAGUAUUAUCGUCAAGUUCUUCAAUGCCGCCAGGACUGGGAAAUCUCUCCUCGUACUCAUCGAAGGCAGCACUGUGGUUAAACUCUCCUGCCAACGCAGUGGUGACGACAUGUGCUCCCACAACGCCCAUAGUAUCGAGUGGUAGUGCCCGUCCGACGCCUCCGCUCUCCAACUGCACAAGCAUGGGCAUUGGCAUGGUGAAUGCGGCAUCGACGGCGAGAAGUUCUUGCAAUGCCAUAUCACCGCUAUCCAUACCUGCGACCGCUGGUAUUCACGUGUCUGCUACAAAUCCCUCUUUUCAGUCGUCGUCAUAUUUCCCAACACCUUUAGCGCCGCCACCAUCCUCCCCAUCGCCAGCUACUUCUUCCGCGGCCAUCAUCAGCUCCUCCGCUUCGCAAUUCAAUCCAGCUGUGUCGCACUCAAUGAGCAGUAUUGUGACGACGGCAGGAGCCACUACGACCACGGCUUCAUCUGUAACGCAGCCUUCGGUUGCGGCUAUAUCGAACCCAGUUACAAACACGCCGCAUCCCUUUUCUGCAGAAUCGCUUUUUCAGCCAAGUAAAAAUGAUCAAGCUGAUUUGCUGCGGCGCGAGCUAGAUAGCCGAUUCCUGGAUAGAUCUGGCUUGGCUGUUACCCCCACACCGCCAUCAUCGACAUAUUUACGAACUGAUCUCCAGCAUCAACAGCACGCACAUCUACAUCAGCAUCCGCAGUUGCUUCCACCAGUAUCGGCCCCAUCAACUCCCCUAUCUGCUGUGCAACCGAGCUCUGGACAAAUUUUUCCCCCGCCACUUUUUAAAGAUAUUUCUAAAAUCUCAUCCGUCGAUCCUCAGUUCUAUCGCACUGGCAUGGGAUUGCCGCCGGGAGGCUACAGUGGCUACACCUCAGCGGGCCUUUUGCACAGUGGCCUUGGUGGCCCGACGCCGUUCAUGCCUCCCAACCAUUUAACAUCCUUUGCUCCAAAGAAAACUGGUCGCUGGAAUGCCAUGCACGUUCGUAUCGCGUGGGAAAUCUACUACCACCAGAAUAAACAAAGCCCGGAGAAGCAGCCAGGCUUUCCAACGGCGUCAUCGAACGCAGGAUCGAUCAAUGCACCAAUACCUCCUGGCAACAUGAUCAGCGGAGGAGGUGGUGGUAUGGCCAGCGGAGCCAGCACGCCGGUCAACAAUGUGGCAGCUAUUCCGGCGGUCGGCGGUGGCGUCCUCGUGUCCAAUGGUCCGCCCUCGGUGCUUGGCAUGAAGACGACUCCCACUCUUGGCAUGAGCUCGACGCCACAGCAUAUUUUGCAUCGAGCGAGUGAAAUGCCGCCAUCAGCAGCAUUUCCAGGCGGUCUACCGGGUCGCUUAGCAUUUGAAACUUCUCCCCUGGCGGCGAGUUUCAUUGGAGCGCCUCCUAGUCAUAUUGGAACCGCAGUGUCUCCAUUUGGACGCUAUGUGACUCCGUUUGGAUUCACAGGGCUAACGCAUUUUGGUGGCCACUUGGACUCGUGGAGAACAAAUGCCAUGCAACGGAGUGUCGCUUAUCAUCCCUCCUCCGCGGCGCCGUCCCCCAACUGGCCGGUAAAGUCGGAUCCUGGUCUGGACAAUGCACGACGCGAGGCGGAGGAACGCGAACGGGAGCUGCGGGAUCGUGAGCAACGGGAGCGGGAUCGUCAGCGACGCGAACGCGAGGAGCGGGAAAGGAAGGAGAAGGAGGAGAAACUGAAACGGGAGCAACAGGAACGGGAACGGGAACGAGAACGGGAUCGAAAGGAGCGGGAACGCGAACGCAGGGAAAUCGAGCGGCGGGAAAUGGAGCGCGAGCGUAUGUUGCAACAGCAGCGGAUCAACGAGAGCAACAAGCAGGCUGCAGUCCAAGCUGCGGCUGCUGCGACGGCGCCCGUUCGUGACCGUUCGCCACAUCGAAACGUGGGCGAGCUUAACACGGAGAUUCGUAUCAAGGAGGAGCAUCCGCGCACAAAGGAGGAGCAGGACGUAAUGCUUUUGCGAGCUUCAGCGGCGGCAGUCGGCGUUGGUGAUCCCCGCUACCAUUCCUCCUCGCUGGCCGCCGCACAGGCGAGUGCAGCUGCGGCAGCGGCACACCAUCAUCAUGCCAACUUUAUGGCAGCCAGUCGACACGGCUUGCCACCGCCACCCUCGCACCUCACGCGCACCAUGAUGCCGCCUACUCUGAGUGUCGGUGGGCCCAUCACGCACUUCGGUGCACCAGCGCCACCCGGCUGGGGAAUAGAUCCGUAUCGCGAUCCCUAUCCCAUUCUUCGCUACAAUCCCAUCAUGGAGGCUGCCCUGCGACACGAGGCCGAGGAAAGGCAGAAGGCGAUAAAUAUCUAUGCAGCGCAAUCUGCAGCUCAUUUGCGUAGCAAGGAGCCAAGUCCUAUUCCGCCUUCGGUUGGCUCUCUAGGCCCUCCGCCGCCACAUCAUCGCCUACAGAUAGUGUCCAGUGUGGCGCAAUCGGGGGUACAGCAGCCCGGUCCGCCAAGUCAGCAGCAACAGCAGCAGAUGUCCAGUGGCGGCGGGAUGGUAAAGAACUCUGGAGGGCCACAGGCACCAGGAAGCAUUCCAGUCCAGCACAUGAUUAGCGUCGAUUCGAUGGGCCAGCAGUCUGUUAGCGCCAAGAAGGAGUCGGACCACACAAUGGGCAUUGUGUCGAAUGCUGGUGUUGGGCUAAGUUCAGUACCUGGUGGUGUAAUCGGAAUAUCUCCGGUGUCAUCGGUGGCGCCCAGUCGAUGAUAGGCGGCAAGUCGUUACUAAACGCCAUUGGCAAGGCGAAUAAGACAAAGGAAUUUUCAAAAUUUCGAUCACCUCCACCAAAAAAAUGUCAUUGUCAUGAAAGAAAACCCAUGAAUGAAAGUCCCAUCCUGAUUACCUCCUCCCAGCAUCAUUUUGAGCCUGAGAGAACACCAAUAAAUGAAGCGCAACGCUUUUGUAAACUACACAUAAAUUCUUGAACAGAUGAAAAUGAGAUUACGAUGAAGAUGAAGAUUACGAUACAGAUGAAGAAGAAGAUUACGAUACAGAUGAAGAUGAAGAUUACGAUGCAGAUGCAGAUGCAGAUGUUUGUGGCAAACAAAAAUCAAAUUAAAAGAGGUUAAGACUUCCUUAUACUUCAGACCUAGCAUUCAACCUAAGCACUGAGUCCCCACAUUGGCAAAAUACUUUCCUCGAUCUUAAUAUGGUCGCGCGUUGAAACGUCACAUAAGUAAUACGAACUUUACUUAUUUUUAAUGAAUACAAAUUACAAGCAUAAAUGUAACUUUAGGUUCGCGUAUUUAGUUUAAGUCUAUUUGUAUUAUUUGUAUAAUAUUAAUAUAAGCUUAAGUGAAACAGCCAAGAGACAUGUUGAGCAAGAAACUAAUUAUAAUUUGAUUGUACAUAUACACAUAUACAAAGAACUCUCAUAGUUAUAUAUGACAUCAACAUGCAGCCUAUGGAAUCCAAACUAUCAUGCACAUGAUACAUAACUCUAUGUAUAUCAGUGACAGCUUCAUUCCCUUUGUGCAUUACGUGUUUAAGGACUAAUUAUCAUAUAUGCAAUUUAUGUAAAAAUUGAUAAAACUAAAAAUAGAAUCAUUACAAAGAAACCACGCAUGUCUUUUC